AAUGCAAACUAAUGAAAACAGGUCGAGUAGAGGUGGUCGGGUCCUCCUAAUCGAGGAGCAGUGGAAUUUCGAAAAGAUCAAGUGACAUCAUGGCUUUGCAAUGGACCCUUAGUUCACCUAAGAAAUAUAUCAUUAAUAAGCUCACUACAGGGCAUGUGACCACUUGUUGAAUUUAGCUAUGCAUAUUUCCUUUUCAGGGUUUCGAAAGUGCCAAUCUCAAUACUGAAGUUGGGCUCCACGGAGCUUGUUCCAUCACCAAAGGGUGACAAUGUUGUUUUCCACCAAAAAUGACAGUCAGAUGCAUAUGCUGAAUUCCUCUUUUCCAGAAACUAUCUAGCUGGCUAUGUCCGGCCUUCCAGAUCCUGAUCAUACAAUUGACAGCCACAAAGGAAAAAGAUUUGAGAGCUAUAUAUAUCUAGAAAACCAAAGUUGGAACUUGAACCUGGCAAGCAUGUCAAUAUGAGAUGUUUCAUCCCAAGGAUAUAUAGUCUUAAAUGUUAAUUAAAUGUCAUCAUGAGAUGUUUCAUCAAAGGGAUAAUGUCUUGCCUUAAUCAGUUAUUCUAAAAUUACCACUUGAAUUGUUCUUUGGUAUCACAAGCAACUUCGGCAUUGACCUGUGAAAGGAGUGAAAGCAGGAAUUCUGUGGGCAACCUCAGUUUAAUGAUCAUGCAGUGAAGGCGAGUAUGUUUGUCAGUUUAACUGGGAAAUUUAGAAUUUAUUAUGAGAUAAUUUUUUUAAUAAAAUAAUUAUUGAGAAAGUUGUUAUUAUUAAAAAGAUCAAAUUUCCGAGAUAUAGGGGUAUUCCAGAGUUGGAGUAGACACAACAGUUAAAAAAAUUGCUGCAUGACAUGACGUUUUCCGCUGAAGUUCAGGCCCGCACGGUUGGAAACGUGUUCGAAAGAUUGGAGUUCUUUUCUAAAGCUGGUCCAAUCUCCAGUUUGGGUUUCGGCCCAAACAGUUCACGUAAUCAUAUGUCCAAGACAACGUGUCAUUUCCAAAAUUGUUACGUGGACAAAACUAAACCUUUUUUUUGUUCCUUCGUCGUCCGUUUGUCAUAUCCAUUCCUCCCUUUCUUCAUCUUUUCUCUUCUUUGGUUCAUCCCCUGCCAAACUGAAAAAGAGAAAAUGUCUAAACUGUUGCUCUUCCACACUGCUCACUCGACACCCAAAAUCCACCAAAGAAGUUUCACUACAAUCCUGUCAAGACCUCUUUCAAUCCCUUCUCAUUCCAAAUGCCGCUCUCCUGUUUCUCUCUUCCCUUCCAUUUCUUCUUCAACUCUCCACCCCCACCUCCAAAGACAAAGCUUUUCAUUCUCUUACUCUUUUUCCACUCCAGCUUUCGAUGAUUCCUCGUCUUCAACCGAGGCUCAGAAAGAAAAAGAAGAAAAAGUUGGAAGUCGAAGUGGUGAAAAGUCAGAGACUGAGGAGUAUCCGAGUGGAGAAGUGGAGUAUGAGAAGAUGAGUGGGUGGAAGAGUUUCGUUGUUAAGUUUAAGAUGCUUAUUGCCUUCCCUUGGGAAAGGGUUCGAAAAGGCAGCGUCUUAACUAUGAAACUGCGCGGCCAGAUAUCUGAUCAACUGAAGAGCCGUUUCUCUUCAGGAUUAUCUCUUCCACAAAUUUGUGAGAAUUUUCGUAAAAGCUGCAUAUGA